CGUCUGCUCAUCAGGAAGAGCCACAUUCCAGCACUUGACUCCUCCCACUCCAGAGUAUCAGUGGAGUGUUGUGGUGACGCUCACCUGCUGCCGACAUCAGUCAAAGACAAACAUUGGCACUGAGCUACAGGGAAGUUGAAUUAACAGGUGACUUGUGACUCCUCCUCCUGUCUAAUGGAGCUCAAAGUGUGGGUAGAGGGCGUGGUCAGAGUGGUCUGCGGCCUAUCGAUGCACACUUCCUGUCAGGAUGUUGUUAUAGCUCUUGCACAAGCAAUAGGGCAGACUGGUCGUUACACCCUCACACUAAAGCUGCGUGGAAAUGAGAGACAGCUACUUGCCACAGAAAGUCCUCUUCAGCAUUUGUCCCAGUUAGGACAACUGGCUUCAGAGGCCCAGUUCUUUCUGCAGAGGACUGGUUCCAGUCUCAGUGAGGGUCCAGACAAACCAGGCAGAAACAGACGUCUUCCCCUGCCCAGGACCACAGAACCAGAGUCUGUCAAAGGUGCAGAGCCCCACAAAGCUUUUACUUUCAGUUUAGGUUCUUCAUCAAGCCACAAAGCUUUUACUUUCAGUUUGGGUUCUUCAUCACAUUACCAGGAGGCUAAAGCAAACAGAACUUCAUCUCCUUCACCGGCGGCCUCCACUGUCACUUUCUCUGAUGAUCUCAAAACUAAUGCCACCGAGGAGGAGUUAUUCAGGCAGAUUCUGCAGCAGAGAAGGCGACUACGGGACCUCGAGAGUCAGGUUCAAGCCCUGGAAAGAGAGUCAUGGCUGUGGGAGCAGAACAUGUCAGCUGCGAGAGUUCCAAGUGUGAGUGUAGGGUUUUCAGAUCAACUGGAGGAACUGGAGCAGCAGCUGAGGCAGAAUGAGGAAGAGUUGAUUCACAGCACACACUGGGAAGAACAGAUGCAGCGUGAGAUGGAGAGAGAACAAGACAUGCAGAGACAACUACACCAGAUACGCACAUCCAUAGAAGAUCACAGUGGACAGAUUAUGGAGCUCCAAGAUCGAUCUGGGCAUCUGGAGCACGACAUACAUCGUACUGUCCACAGACAAAGAUCACAGCCCUCGCCGUGGCAGCAGAAGGAGUCUCUGCUGCCCCUGAGACAGGAGCUCCUCCACCGCCAGUCCCAGAGCCAAGAACUGGAAGCCGUGUUGUCUGAGAUGCAGGAUGAGCUCCAAGUGGCAGAGCGAAUGAAACAGGACCGAUGGGAGCUGAUCGAGGAGCUGAAUAAGGAGCUGCGACAGUGUAACCUGCAGCAGUUCAUCCAGCAGACUGGUGUUUCACACACUGACCAGACACACGGCCUCCCAAUGGCUGAAGGGUACCUCAGCACUGCUGGUGUUAUAGAGUAGACAGAACCACAGGAGAGUCAGUGUCAGAGGAAGUUUAAUGUACAUUAGAAUCAGAACUGUUUGACUUCAGCACCAUGUAUUUAAAAUGUUCAGAACGCAGCUUUAAGGUAACAGAAUGUUAAGAAAACGGCAGAUUCACAUUAAA